UUCUAUGCAGUGCGGAUGAACCUUUAUUAUAUGUAGAACAUUUUGGGAGGUAGUUAUUAUUGUUGAAAUACAUAACUAUUAGGUAUCAUUUGGGAUCUUUUGACAUUUUUAUUAUUUACUUACUUGCUUGCUUCCUCUUAACUUUGAAUCUUGAUCCUAUAGUCACUGGUGUUAAUCAGCUUACUAUAGUAGAACAUACAGAUCCCUUACCUUCGUUCGAUAUAACAGGUAUCCAACGAAUUGUUUGUUCUAAGUUCGAUCCCGCAGACUCGUUGCCGCGGCUAACAGAUACCUACUUCACUCCUCGUUUACCUAAUCUCACGCUCAUCCCGCCUUCGCUGCCUAUUACAAGCGGUCCCUCUCCGCGAGUCAUUCUUACCUAGGGUUCCGGUUCCCAGAUAGCGCAAGGUUCUCUUUAACCUAACUUAGUGCAAUCCUCCCUUCUCUUGGCGCGUUCCCAGCCUCGCCCUCGGGGUAUCGUUCCGCCUCGUUUUAUUUUGGUUUUUUUUUAAUCGCCGUAUGUGCAUGUAGGCGGUGCGCGAUGGCCCUGUCGAAGCGCAGCACGUUCACGACCAUCUCGCCGUUACCAGCGGGUAUCACGCGCGAGGUGGUCGUCGACUUCCUGCACAACCACGUGGAGAUGAUCGACCUGAACCCGCUGGUCAUCGAGCGGCACCCCAUCGACCCGCCGCCGCACGCCCCCGCCGAGGAGCGCCGCUGCGCCUGGUGGAGCAUGACCGACAAGAUCGCCUAUCUGCCCGGCGGCGUCGCGUCUGGAGACGUCACUUACACGGCUGCUUUUCACGACUUGCCGAACGGCAUCCAGACCCAUGUGUAUGCCCCCAUGGGCACGGAUAUCCGCGAGCGCUGGAGCCUCGGCGGCACGCUUCCGGGAGAACCGCUUGAGCCGGUUGAGUUGGGGAUUGGAGCGCCGAGGCAGGGUCUUUAUCUACGGGAGGACGUCGAGCUAAGAUGCAACUUCGUCAUGUCCUCCUUCGUCAAGAAGACGCUGAAGAAAGCCCACGGUGUCUUAGUGGAGCGGCUCGUAGCCAGCGCUUCUUCUACGGCGCAACGUCAGAGCACGGGUCAUCAACGCACGAGUUCGAGCGUGCAGAGUGGAAGUGUCCAUUCGAAUCACUCGUCUAUGAGCUAUCCUGCAUAUCCCGCCCCUCAGGGACCACAGCCCACGGCACCGUAUCAUCCACAGCAACAGCAGCAACAGCCCAGACCGAUGUCUACCCCUUUCGGCCGCGUCACACCAUCACCACCGGGGCACUCAGCGCCGUACGGCCAUGCCCCGUCUCAUAGCGUGGGGAGCACUAGCUACAUACCCGAGCCACUGCGCGUGAAUAAAAGUCGUCCGUCCAGCGGACAGUACCACCACCCCCAGGGUUCGGCGUCACACACCUCGCAACCACCAGGGGUAGGCAACAGCAGCUUUCCCGCGGAGUUAGAAUGAGAAAAUGCACUAUAAUAGAGGUGCGUUCAAGUUGCAAGUUGUGUAGGUAUGCAUUGGCGUUAGGAUCCGGUAUAUUCGCAUCUGAGCGUUUUUUUUUUUUUUUUUUGUUGUGUUUAACCAUCUCUACGGGCUAGGGAGUACCUACUAUCACGGGGGAAAGAGUAGCUAGCAUAGU